AUGCUCCCAAUCAUAUUUUUUUCAUUAUUAACUGAUCUAAAUCGUCUUUCUAAACGUAAGUUGACAAAAAUAUCAAUUUUUCAUCUCAAAAUCCGAUUUUUCAGAAGAUCUACUUCUACACUAUUUCGUCUUCAAAACAAAAAGGAUUCUGUAGGUUAAUUUUUUUCUGUAUGUUAAUUUUUUUCAUGUUUCCCCCUCAUUUUUUGGCUGAAAAUUUGGGUAGAAAAUCGAAUUCAAAAUUCGUUUUUCUUUUGCAAUCCCCAGACUUUCAAAUGAUUUCCACUUUAAAUUUUGUCGCGAAAAAUUACCCGGGAUUUUGGGAGGUUAAAAAAUGGGCUUUUUCACUUUUUACGUUGGGAAUUCUAAGAGUCUAGUCAAAAGCUGGGCGAAAUUGAUGGGUUUUUCCCGGAUUUUUGGGUGUUUUUCUGGGGGAUUUUAGGGGGAUUUGGGAGUGGGAAAUUAAAUGGGCGGCGGGAGAAUUUGUAGGGAAUUUGGGAGAGGAGGAGGGGGAUUUAUUUUGGGAUGACUUUAGGGAGUACGAUUUGUGAGUUAGGGUAAGUUCUAAGGCAGCUAAGUUUGUGUUUGGGUAGAUAAAGAGAAGAUAGUGAAUUUUUUUCCAAAAAAAAUCAUUGAGAGAAUUUGCUCCUGUCCUUGUCCAUGUCUCGUUUUUGUCCCUGUCCUGUCCUUUUUUUGUCUCGCGUCUCCUUGUCUUUUUGCACCCUUGGAGCAGGUUUGAUUUUUGAUUUUUUUAUUCGGAAAAAAUAGUUUACUAUUCAGAUUUCUGAUAUUUCUACCCUAACACUUAGGUUUCUCUUUUUCAGAUGAUCUCACAAAUCUGAAAGAUAAAAAAUUCCAAAAUAAAUCCACCAAGCCCUCCUCAAAUUUUCCUAUAAAUUAUCUCAAAACUUAUUCGAUUUCUCAUAACUUGGUCACUUUAAUUUUCCCCGGGAGAUUCUCUGAAAUUUGGUAAGAAUUUCAUCGAUUUUUCCCAAGGGAUGACGAAACUUUUCGAAUUCCCAAAAACUAGUGAAAUCUCAUAAACUUUUCAAAAUUCCGGGUGAUUUUUGUGAUAUUAUUUGAAGUGGAAAUCAGGCGAAACUGGGGGUUUUUUAGUGUUUUUUUUCGAGUUUUCUAUCUGGAAUUUCAGCCCCCCUUCCCCCUUUUUCUUGUAUUUUUCGUUCGCUUUAUUUUUGGUUUUUUUCUAUUAUUAAAGUUAUAAUAGAAAACUUGAAUUUUGUGUUUUUUUAUUCAAAAGUUUGAAAAACUUUUAAAAUAUCUUUUUUGAUAUGAUUUCAGAGUUUUUUUCUUCAAUUUUCUCGGAUUUUCAAAAGGUAUUUAUAUGUUUUAUGUUCACUUUGCACCCUUUAUGUUUUCAGUUUCGACGGAUUUUGGAACACCAAGAGCACCCACUUUUUGCACUAGAUAUGUGUUCAAAUUGGAGCAACUUGUGCCAAAAAUCUUGGAAUAUUCGAAAAACCUCGAAUUCUGCUGAUGAAAUGGAUUCGAUUUGAUGGCUCAACAAAAUUUUCUACUCGUUGGUUGGAAAUGUGAUUUGGGAUUAUUCGAUAAUCAGGUAAGAAGAUUUGGCCCCAAAAAGUUAAAUUGAAUUCCUGAAAUAUCCUGUUUGAAACUGAUAAAAUUUAGUUUCUCUUGAUUUUUUAUUCAGAAAAAUCAUGAAAAACUGGAUUUUAUCAGUUUGAAAUUGGAAUUUCAGUGGAGAUGCGGAAGCUAUGCCCAAUUUUUGAAUUUUUAUUCAAAAACUUACUUUCUUUCUCUCAAAAUUCCAUUUAGGUUCCAACUUUCCGAAAAAAAUAACAGAAGAAAAACUAAUCCAAACUUUUAAAUACUCUUAAUUCAUUACUUUUCUGUUGGAAAAGAUUACUGAUCUUCAAAAUUCUAAAAAAAAAUUUAUCAUAUUUUUUUAACCUAUUUUUCGUGGAUUUUUCUAGUGCUCAAUGUUUCUUUUGCUUUAAUAAUUCAACAAAAACCACAGUAAUCUUUUUUUGUCAAAAAUUAAGUUCAAUUCAAAUAUUGAAGAACAACAUCCAUAAAAACUAUCAAAUUUAGCUUCGAUUUUUUUAGAUUUCAUCGUUCUCCCAACUUCUUCGAUUUCAACUUCAAUUAUCAGCCAAAAAUCGGGAGCUUUUUGGUGAGUGAAAAUAAUUCUAAAAUUCCACGAAAAACGUGACCUAAUUUUAAAUUCACAAUUUAUCUCUCACAAUCAAAUUAUAUUCCUCUUAUGGUUAAACCAUAAAUGGCAGAAAUUAUCUAUUUGUGAGUUUUCCUUUUCCCCAGGCUAACCAAAAUAUAUAACACAUGGUAGAUCAAAAUUAGUUUUUUUUUCAAAGUUUUUCAUUCCAAAAUGAUGACAAAUCGAAGAUUUCAAAAGCUUCUCAUGUGAUUUCUAAUGAAAAUUUGAUAUUGGAAUCCAGUUUUCAGAAAUUUGUGCUCAUUUUUCUCCAUACAAUUCAAUUUGUCAUCAUUUUUGAGUGAAAAAACUAAUUUUGACCUACCCCGAAAAUUUUUGACCAUUUCAAUGUGUAUUGAUUUUUUUGAUGUGACAAAAAACAUGUUUUUUUUUUCAUUUUUCUAUUCUUAAAAAUUUACAUUUUUCAGGUUUUCGAAGCAACAAAUAAUGAUGAUAAUGUUGCUCAAUUUGUUCUAUUUUCGAUCAAUAAUCAUUCAAGAUGUGGAAUUUAUUGGAAAAAUCAUGGAAACCUGGAUAAAUUCAUUUGAUUUGAAGAAAAAAGAGGAUAAAAUUAUGAUGAGAUUGGGUGUUUUAAUGGAAAAAGAAGAAGCAAAUUUGGUAUCAGAAGAUCAAAUUGAUAUUGGAAAUACCGAAACUCAUAUGGUUUUAUCAGUUUACACAAAACUGUGAAAGGUGAAUAAGAUAUUUAAAAAAAAUGAAUUGAAGUUCUGAAAUUUAUAGAGAAUUUCAAUUUCAUUUUUCUCAAAAUCUUCAAAAAUUCCAAAUUUUUCCCGCAAUUCCUUCAAUUUUCGGUCGAAAAAUCGAUUUUCCUGAUUUUCGACAUGCAAAUAUCCAGGUUUUUGACAAAAAUUUGGAAUCUAGAGUGAUUAUUCAAAAAUUCAUUCAAGAGAGACUUUCCCUUGAAAUUUGUUCAGUACCAAAAAUCUGAAAAAUUGAAUUUUGAAAAAAUUGAAAUUUUCUUUUUGCAAGAUGAGAAAUUUGAUGAUUUUAUUCAUCGAAUUCAAGAAAAACCUGAAAUUUCAAGAGAAAUCUGAUUCUUGAUAUAAUUUUGAUGAUUUUUGACCCUAGAGAACCUGAAACUUAUAAAAAUCGAGAUUUUUUGAACAAAAAUUCGGAAAAUUCACUUGGAAUUUGAAAAAACUUGCAAUUUAAGUAUGAAAAAUCUGAUUUUUGAGCUCAGAAACGCUAAAAUUGAUGAAAUUACAUUUCUUCUUUGAAAAUUUCGAAUUUUUACCCAAAACCUUUCCCGGAAAUUUAUUUUGAGCUUGAAAAACGAAUUUCAGGGGUGAAAUUCGGAACCUGGAAGUUCUAUAGAUUCUAAAUUGAUAAAUUCAUGAUUUUCAUCAACACAUUCUUCAAAAAUCCAAAUUUUCCCCGCAAUUCCUUCAAUUUUCGGUCGAAAAAUCGAUUUUCCUGAUUUUCGACCUCUGAAAGAAUUGCAAUAUAAGAUUAGCUCGAAAUGCGUACUGUACUGUUUUUUGGAACUAAUUUUUUUGACUGGAAAUUUGGGAUAUUUUGUGAUUUUUGACCCUCAAAAAUGGUUCAGAAGCUCUAGAAAAUUAAAUUUUUGCAGCUGAUCCAAAUCUUCCAAUCGAUACAGUCGGUGUUCCACAAAAAAAUGCACAAAAUCUGAAAUUUCCCGAAAUUGUCACUGGAAGAAUUGGUAAAUCGCGGAGAUAAUCAAUAUCCGAGAGCCAAUUCGAGAAAAUGGAGCUCGUGUUGAUUUGAGAUAUCAUCCAAAAGCCGCCGAUUUGUAUUUACAACCAGGUUAUCGUGUUGAAAGACAUAUGAAGGAUGGUGAUAUUAUUGUGUUCAAUCAACAGCCAACACUUUAUAAAAUGUCUAUGAUGGAACAUCGGAUUAAGGUUCGCAUUUUUGGGGGGAGAAAUUUGGUGGAAAAAUAAUUGAAAAUUCGAUAUAUUGAACUAUCAGGUUCAGAUCUUCAACGUGAAAUUCAAUUUUUGGGUGAAAAAAAUAGAAUUGUAAUUUUGAAAAGGUUUUGGGUGAUAGAAAAUCGAAUUUUAGAACAUUUUCUGAGUUUCUCAGCCGAAAAUAAGGUUUUCCUUUGGAUUUUCAGUAAAUUUCAAUUUGAAUGGCUGAAAUUUCGAUUUUUAAAACCCAAAAAUCAAUUUGGAGCUGUAAUUAAUUAAUUGUUAUUAAAAAAUGCUCAAAAUUUCGAUUUUCUGACCCAAAAAUCUAACCUGCCCCUGAAAAUCCCAUUGAAAAGCAUAAUUCUUGCAUUUUCAGCUCAAAAAUUUAUUGUGGGCUCGAAAAAUUGAAUUUCAGGGGUGAAAUUCAGGAAUUUUGGAUAAUCUAGCUCUAAAUAAAAUAAUUUCAAAUUUUUAUUUUUUUAAAAAAUGCUCUAAAAUUUGAUUUUCUAUCACCAAAAACCUUUUUCAAAAUUAAAAAUAUGAUCUUUCAACUCAAAAAUCUCACCUAAACCUGAAAAUAUCAUUGAAAAAGCAGAAUUUUUUUCAAUCCAGAAAUUCACUUCAGGCCAGAAUUUCACAUAAAUUGAAGUUCUGAAAUAUCCUGUUUGAAACUGAUGAAUCUAGGGGUUUUCUUGAUUUUUUUGAUGCAGAAAAAUCUUGAAAACCCCGGAUUUUAUCAAUUUCAAAUUGGAAUUUCAGCGGAGAUGCGGAAGCUAUGCCCAAUUUUUGAAUUUUUAUUUAAAAACUUCAAUUUUUUGCGAAAAAAAAGUGACCUAAUUUUAAAUUUCCAAUUUAUCUCUCACAAUCAGAUUAUUUUUCUUUUAUGGUAUAACUCAAAAUGGCAGAAAUUAUCUAUUUGUGAGUUUACUUUCUCCCAUGGUGACCUAAACGGUACUGUAGUUCUGCAACCCAGGUACUGUAGUUUAGCUCCCCGACUACUGUAGAUUACCGACCCGGAUAACUUAAGUAAGUGGGUCGCUGAUUUACAGUACCUGGGUUAAUAUUUUUCAAAUUCAAUUUUUUUACCUAAAAAAGCUUGACCUAAAAAAAAAUAAAAAUCGUGACAUUUAAUCAUUUGUUGGCACGUUUACGUGAAAAAUCCAACAAAAAUAAACCAUUUCAAAUUUGAUAAAUUCGCAAAAAAUGGUUGGAUUUCGAGUGAGUUUGAUUGGAAUAAAAACUGAGUCAGAAUUAGUGUAGAUCAUCCAAAAAUAAUGUAAAUUACUUCUGAAUAUUGUGAAUUAUUAAACAUUUUGUUAGUUUCGAUCAGCACCUCGUUAAGGGUGACCAAAACUUACCGAAAAACGUGCUAGAUCAAAAUUAGUUUUUUUUUUCAAAGUUUUUAAUUCAAAAAUGAUGACAAAUCGAGGAUUUCAAAGCUUAUCAUAUGAUUUCUAAUGAAACUUUGAUCUUGAAAUCCAGUUUUCAGAAGUUUCGCUGAUACAAUUCAAUUUGUCAUCAUUUUUGAGUGAAAAAACUAAUUUUGACCUACCGAAAAUUUUUGACCGUUUGAAUCUGUAUUGAUUUUUUGAUGUGACAAAAAACAUGUUUUUUUUCAUUUCUAUUCUCAAAAAUUACAUUUUUCAGGUUUUCGAAACAACAAUUAAUGAUGAUGAAGUUGCUCAAAGUUUGGAAAAUCAAGAAUCGAUCGAGGAAUUUUGUGGAGUUUGAAUAAGAUAAGUUUAAGGGGGGAUUUUAAGGGUUUAUCCCAUAUUGUUCAAAAAAAAAAUAAAAUUUUGGAAUUCAAAAAAACCCGUAACCGCGCCCGAAAUUCUGAAGUGGAACAUGUGGGUUACUUUCUGAGCAAGUACGUUUACCAGUUGCUUGAAACCCGCAACUAUUCAAAUUUCAUUUCGAUGAUUUUGAGUAGGGAUUUGUCAAAGAAUCCUUUUGGAUAACCGAAAGCUGUAGGAAAGUAACAGUUAUCACGGGUUUUGCACAUUUCUAUGAAUGAUUUUUGGGUUGGCACGGUGUUUUGAAAAGGAAUAUUUGGGUUGAAAUUUGUGGAGAGCAAAAUCACAAAGUUGAUUGCGAAAUUGAUUGAAUUUAUUUGCAGCAAUUCGAGAAAACACGUGGAAUUUGGAUGGACGAUUCUGGAAGUCGAUUCAACUUUUUGGUGAGUGAAAGAAAAAUUAAUUGAAAUUCUGGAAUUUCAGUUUAAAGCUGAUAAAACUUCAAUUUUUCUCGAUUUUUUAUACAGAAAAAUCUUGAAAAAUUGAUUUUAUCAGUUUGAAAUUGAAAUUUCAGCGGAGAUGCGGAAGCUAUGCCCAAUUUUUGAGUUUUCAAUGGAAAACUUGGGAUUUUUCAGCAAAAAACUCAAUGUUUUGUUCCAGAUUGUCAGUGUUCAAAUGCGCUCCAACCGACAUCCCAACAAAUUCAACCCCGAUUCUAAUAUGUUGAGUAUUUGAUUCGUGAAAUUAUCACAAGAUUUCUGGUGAGUUUUUUAUAUGAAAAUUUGAAAUUUGAUUAAAAAUACAUAAUCAAAUGAAUUUCAUUUCCAGACAAAUAAAAGAAGUGUUCGAAUUGGAGCAAUUUGUGUCAAAAACUCGAAAUAUUCGAAGAACUUCGUAUUCUGCUGAUCAAAUGUGUUUUUCUGGAAUUAUCGAUCGAACAGAACAUUUCAAUAUUAUCAAAUUGCUCAACAACAUUGGAUGUGGGAAAAUAUGAUGGUUCGAAUUUCAAUAAUUAGUUAAAAAAUUGAUCAAAAAUUAGAAAAUGAUAUUCAUAGUUUUGGCCCGAAAAAAGUAAAUUGAAAUUCUGGAAUAUCCUGUUUGAAACUGAUUAAGAGACGUUUUUUGUAAGAAGGGAAAUUUUAUAAUAAGGAGCUGCGCAAGCAAAAAAAAAGUUUUUCUGAAAACUUGUGUAAUGAUAUCCCCAUGGGUGGGCAUCAAUUCGCGAACAAUAUUAUUGCUCAAAACCGCUUCACCAUUGUGGUGUGACGGGUGAAAGCUGUAUAAGCGGUCAUAGGAACUUUGCUCUCCGUUGAUAUUUUUUGAUGAUCUCAACGCCAAAGUACUUCUUUUGGCCUAAAAUAACUUUUCAAGUUUUCCGCAUAAAAAUUGCACCAUUUCUAAUGGUGCAAUCACACCAUGUUGGUGAAAAACACCAAUAUUUGCUUUUGGCGUCAAUUUCCGCACUCUCGCACUGGUUUUAAACGCUUCCUCGUCAUUUUUUACAUACCCUACAUAAUUUUCAGAAAAAUAAACGGGACCCCUUUUUGGCAAUUCCACCCCAAAGUUGGUCACCCAAGGUGUGCACCACAGCAUUUUUUCUCAAAAUCACCCAAAUUUUUGAUUUUUUUGUUUAAAAGUGUUAUUUUAUGGUUCAAAGUUACUUUUAUGUGAAAAUUGGGAAGUUUUCGGGACGAAAACGUGUUAUUUCACGCAUUUCACGUGAAAACUCACGUGAAUUUUUUUUUCGAAAAUUAAGUUUAAAGACAUGUUUUCUGGGGUUUUUGACUAUGCUGAUCAACGUGGUAUCAUUUAUGUUUCUUGAAAAUUCUAAAUUCAAUGAGUUUGACAACACUCUGGAAGUCUCACUUUUUAGAGUUCAUUUUUAUGAGAUAUCUGAAAAUAGCUAAAUAUGAAAUUUUCAAGAAAAAUAAAUGAUACCACGUUGAUCAGCAUUGUCAAAAACCCCAGAAAACACGUUUUUAAACUUAAUUUUCGAAAAAAAUUCACGUGAGUUUUCACGUGAAAUGCGUGAAAUAACACGUUUUCGUCCCGAAAACUUCCCAAUUUUCACAUAAAAGUAACUUUGAACCAUAAAAUAACACUUUUAAACAAAAAAAUCAAAAAUUUGGGUGAUUUUGAGAAAAAAUGCUGUGGUGCACACCUUGGGUGACCAACUUUGGGGUGGAAUUGCCAAAAAGGGGUCCCGUUUAUUUUUCUGAAAAUUAUGUAGGGUAUGUAAAAAAUGACGAGGAAGCGUUUAAAACCAGUGCGAGAGUGCGGAAAUUGACGCCAAAAGCAAAUAUUGGUGUUUUUCACCAACAUGGUGUGAUUGCACCAUUAGAAAUGGUGCAAUUUUUAUGCGGAAAACUUGAAAAGUUAUUUUUAGGCCAAAAGAAGUACUUUGGCGUUGAGAUCAUCAAAAAAUAUCAACGGAGAGCAAAGUUCCUAUGACCGCUUAUACAGCUUUCACCCGUCACACCACAAUGGUGAAGCGGUUUUGAGCAAUAAUAUUGUUCGCAAAUUGAUGCCCACCCAUGGGGCUAUCAUUACACAAGUUUUCAGAAAAAACUUUUUUUUGCUUGCGCAGGCUGUAUUUCCGGUAUUACAAAAAACGUCUCUUACAAUCUCAAAUCAUUAGACCCCCCAAUUUUUCACAUUUUUUUCGGUAUUAUUGAAUUAAAAACAUGUGAGAAAUAAAAAAGUAGGUCAAGUGACGUGGAUUUAAAAACAGUAUAGGUAGCCAUGUCGUCAAUUGCGAUGCGGUUCUGCGAUGCGUGUUGACCUCGAUAUUUUCCAUUGGAUUUUCCAAAUUUUCAUUUCUAAAAACGUGUCGCUCACACGCAUCGCGACUGACGACAUGGCUACCUAUACUGUUUUUAAAUCCACGUCACUUGACCUACUUUUUUAUUUCUCACGUGUUUUUAAUUCAAUAAUAGAUCAAAUGAUUUUUUUGUCUAAUUUUUAUUCAAAAACUUGGGAUUUUUUCAACGAAAAUUCAUUUUUUUGUUCCAGAUUGUCUGACCAACAAAUUCAACCCCGAUUCAAAUGUUUUCGCUGGCAUGAAAUUCGGAAAAAUAUCACAAGAUAAAACAAAAUCCAGUUUUUUGGUGAGUUUUUUUAUAUGAACAAUUAAAAUUUGAUGAAAAAUAGCUUGAAAUUCUGAAAUAUCCAAGAAAAAACUAAUAAAAUUUAGAAUUUUCUUGAUUUUUUUGAUUAGAAAAUCUUGAAAAUUCUCCAUUUUAUUAGUUAUUUUGGAAUUUCAGCAGAGAUGCGGAAGCUAUGCCCAAUUUUUGAAUUUUUAAUCAAAAACUUACUCUUUUCCAAAAAAUCAUUCGGAGUAUAAAAUGAGCAAUUCUCAUGAAAUUUGAACCGUUUUGAGCCUAAAUUUGAAGAAAUUCUAAGAUUACUCAUAUUUAGGCUCAAAACGUUUCAAAUCUUGAUGAAAUUUUGACUUGAAGUGUUGAGUGUGAAGGUUCCCUUGUCAAAAAAAAUGAAGUUGGAUUUUGAGCCCAGAUAUGAAAAAUUGAAAUUUUUUGUGCCAAAACCAUUUCCACAUUCUAUUUAGUAUCAAAAUGCUCCAUUUCACCGUAACUCCGAUUUUUCCAGACAAAAUCAUGGAACAACACUUUUCGGAUGUGAUUUCCACCGACGAAACUCUGGAAAGUUUGAAAAUUCAAAAUUCAAAAGUCAAACUCGAACACAGUUUUUCGAAUUUGGAACUUUUCUGGAUGUAUUUUGAUGGAGCUGUAAGAGAUGAGCAAACUAAAAAGAAAUUAUAAUUGUUAUCGAUUUCCAUUUUGUUUUGUAUUUCAACACCCAAAAAAGAGGUGAGCUUUUGCUCAAUUAUUUUCAGAAAAAAAUAUCCAAAUUUUCAGACAUACAAUAUUUGAUUGAUUCACUUUUCAACGGAUCGACAAACAGUUUUGGUGAGUUACCAAAAAAUAAAUUGAAAUUCUGGAAUAAAAAAAACUGAAAUUCAGAUUUUUCAAAAAUUGUAUUCUGGCCAGCGACGGCUUGGCCGAGGUGUGACCUGAAUUCAAAAAUGUUUCUAAACCAUACUCAGAGAAAUGGGCUGGGGAACCGGCGGAAAACUUUCGGAGAUCCAGCCUACGGCUGGCGGUUCGCCGAGAGUUCUCCGCUGGUUAUCCGAAAGUUUUCCAUAGUUUCUCCGACAGUUCUCCAUUGGUUCUCCGCUAGGCGCUUUUUUGCAUUUUUCGCUCUCCAAACUAGAAAAUUUUCUCCGCCAGUUGUCCGCUGGUUUUCCAUUCUCUGCUUCGAGAACAUUCUUUCGCGAGGGAGAAACACUGUAGAUCAUUUGGAGAACUGUCGGCGAACUGGCGGAGAACGUUUUUCUCCAUCGGUUUCCCGAAUAUUCUCCGCCGUGUCGUCUAUCCGGCGGUUCUCCAGCCCAUUUCUCUGAGAUAUCUUACUUUUUUCAUUCAAUUUUUUCAGAAUUUCGCGGGAAUUCAAAUUGGUCGAGAAAACAACAAAUCGAUGAAUGAUAUUGGAUUUUGGAGUGGUUUUGCUUCGAUUCGAUUUGGCUUGGUUCAUAAAUGCAAUUUUGAAUUUUGGUGAGUGAGAGAAAAAUUAAUUAAAAUUCUGGAAUUUCAGUUUGAAGCUGAUAAAACUUCUAUUCUUCUUGAUUUUCUUUCUGAAAAUCUUGUAAAAUUGUUGAUUUUAUCAGUUUGAAAUUGGAAUUUCAGCGGAGAUGCGGAAGCUAUGCCCGAUUUUUGAUUUUUUUGUUGAAAAAUUAUGAAAAUGGAUAAGAACUGAAUUGAUUACUUUUCUGUUGGUUCAAGUUUUAAUAAGUUCAUUCAUAAUCAGUUGACCUAAGCCUAUUUAUUUAUAAGAAAAGAUUACUGAUCUUUUAAAAAUUCUAGUUUGCUAUUUUUUUCUUCAAAAUUGGAGGUGGGCGGUAUCCUCUUUGGUAAUCCAAUUCCUUUUUUACUGAAGAAGUUCACCAUGGUAUUAUUCAAAUAUCAUUGGUCAGACCCGAUUAAAAAUUUGCCUAAAAAACAACAGAUUUUUUCCGAUUCAUUCCGAAUGAAAUGUCACGAAUGAGGAAAAAAUGAUUGAAAAUGCUGCCACAUCAGCAAUGACGUAUUACACGUGAAAUUUAUUAUUUUUCAUAAAAUGAAGAGAGAAAAAAGAGUGAAAAAUUAUUCAAAAUGUCACGUGAAAAAAAACUGAUCAGAUUUCGUUGUACAAAUACUGUUAUAUGAAAAUUCAAUGUUUCUUUCCAGAUUCCUAUCACCAACACCGAUUCAUCGAACUUCUUCAGCACAGUUCUGCAUUCAUUCCGUAAGUAAAAACUUUUUCAUAUCGUAAAAUAAAUGAGAAUUUCUGAAAUAUCCAAUAAAAAACUAAUAAAAUUUAGAAUUUUCUUGAUUUUUUUAAUUAAAAAAUCUUGACAAUUCUCCAUAUUAUUAGUUAUUUUUUGAAAUUUCAGCCGAGAUGCGGAAGUUAUGCCCGAUUUUUGAAUUUUCAAUUAAACACCUUGAAUUUUUAAAAAAGCAUUUUGAAUAUAAUAUUGAGCAAAGUUUAUGAAUAUUAGUUUAGUUGCUUUUUUUUUUUCGAAAUUCCAUUUAUGUUCCAUCUUUCCGAAAAAUAUCAGGAUGAAGAAAAAUUAAAGGGGGGGGGUAAGACGACAAAAUUUUUUUGUCGCAAAGUUAAAGGCUCCCCAAAAGUAGUGAAACCUCCAAGGGAUUUUUUCUGGAAACGCCCAGAAAAAAUGUUCCAUAAACUAGGUACCACGUAGUUCAUGGAAUUUUUUUUUCGGAUCUUUUUAGGCCUUUCGAGAAAAAAUCCCCUGUGGCUUUUACUAUUCAAAGGGAGCCCGAUUCAUUGAGCAAAUAAAAUUGUGUCGUCUUACCCCCCCCUUUAAUCCAAAUUUAAAUUGUCUGAAUUUAUUACUUUUCUGUUGGUUCAAGUUUUCCUAUUUACAAAAAAAUAUUACUGACCUUUAAAAAUUCUAAAAAACUUUAUCAUAUUUUUUGAAACCUAUUUUUCCUGGAUUUUUUCAAUAAUUAACAAAAAAUCACAGUAAUCUUUUGUUGUCAAAAAUUUAGUUCAAUUCAAAUUUUAAAAAACAAGAUCCAUAAAAACUAUCAAAUUCAGCUUCUUUUUUCAGAUUUUAUCGUUCUUCCAACUUCUUUCGAUUUCAACUUUAAUUAUCAGCCAAAAAUCGGGAGCUUUUUGGUGAGUGAAAAAUGAGUUAGCUGAAAUUCUGAAAUUGCAAUUUAAAACUGAUAAAACCUUCAUUUUUCUCGAAUUUUUUUGGAAAAUCUUGAAAAAUUGUUGAUUUUAUCAGUUCUAAAUUGGAAUUUCAGCGGAGAUGCGGAAGCUAUUCCCAAUUUUUGAAUUUUUAGAGAAAAACUUGGGUUUAGCUGCUGAGCUCCAGUCUGAGCCGCGCAAAUGAGAUCCAAAGCAAAUUUUGAUACAAAAAAUUACGAAAUUUUUAAACUAAAAAGAUUCACGUUUCUUUGGAAAUUAUAGCAAUUAUUCACGUGAAAAUAUUGAUUCAAAUUUUUUGGUGUCAACUUUUCGAUGGUCCCAAAAUCGACAACAAACAUCAAUUUUCGACAAAAAUAAAUAUUCCCCACGUUCAAUUCUAUUCUACCUAAAACUUACUUAUUUCUUAUGAAAAUUAGGAUUUUCUGAACAAACUUCGGAGCUGAUUUCGACGGAAUCGUGAUCAGAGCGUCGAGUUACCUAAUACUGCGCUUAACUCAUUUCAAAACCUGUCAUCACCCUAAAAGUCCGUUGUAGGAUAUAUUUGAUGUUGAAUCAGAUUUUUUUUUCCCCAAAAAUUCCCAAAAAUUGAAACCUGUGUUCAAAUUAAAUUAAAAAUGUUUUCUAGUUAUCCUAAUCUAUUUUAUUCAUUCAAUCAAUAAUUUUUCAGAAUUUCGCGAGAAUUCAAAAUGGUCCAGAAAACAACAAAUCGAUGAAGAAUAUUGGAUUUCGGAGUUAUUUGAGUUGAUUCAAUUCGUCUUGAUUUAUAAGCCCAUACUUUGGAAACGUGGAAUAUUCGAAGAACUUCGAAUUGUGCUGUACAUAUAUUUUGUGAAGUUAUCAAUUGAACAAAAACAAUCAGCAACUUCUAUGAAUAUGAUAAAAUGUGGUGGUUUGAUAUCAAAUAAUCAGGUAUGAAUUUGAAACUGACAAAACUUUUAUUUUUCUCGAUUUUUUUUUUCGAAAAUCUUGAAAAAUUGUUGAUUUUAUCAGUUUGAAAUUGGAAUUUCAGCGGAGAUGCGGAAGCUAUGCCCAACUUUUGAAUUUUUGUUGGAAAACUUGAAUUUUCAGAGCCAUCAAUGCUUGCAAAUUUGAAUUUCGAUUGGUUUUCCUAUCAAUUUGCCAUACAAAAAAUCUGGCCGCAUUUGGAACUAUAACUCAUCACAAAUUAUAAUUUUUUUAUUCAUUUUGUUAUUUAACAUCCAGAAAAAGAGGUGAGAUUUUGCUUUAUUUUUUUUCAGAAAAAAUAUCCAAAUUUUCAGACAAACAAUAUCGAUCAAUUCUCAUCGGAUCGAAUUUUUUGAGAAGUUUUUGGACAAGUAGUUUUGGUGAGUUAGAGAAUAAUAAAUUGAAAUUCUGGAAUUUCAGUUUGAAGCUGAUAAAAUUUUUAUUUUUUUAUCAACUUUUUUUCGUUUAAAAAUUUGUAAAUCUAGAAGACCUUCCAGUUUUACAAAUCCAUAAUUUUCGAGCCAAAUUUCAAGAUUUUAGGCUUAAAAUGAUUGAAAUUCAAUUGUUGAGUAUCUUUUGAAUACUUUCUUCGAAAAAUACUAUUUUUUGAUCAACUUAUUUUGGAUAACUAAAAGUAAUUUCAAAAAAAAAAAGUAAUUUCAUCCAUAAAAAUUAUCAAAUUUAGCUUCUUUUUUUUUCAGAUUUCAUCGUUCUCCCAACUUCUUCGAUUUCAACUUCAAUUUUCAGCCAAAAAUUGGGAACUUUUUGGUGA